AUGCCAAUGAGUCGCUUCCCGCCCGUCACACUCACCUUGAUUUUCACCGGCCAAAUCCAACGCUUCACCUCGUGCUCACCUACUAUCCGUUGA